UAAUGUUUAACUAGUAAAGAAUGAAAAUAUAUGUUCAUAAAACCAUUAAUGCAUAGAUUAUUUAUAGAUUUUUUGAACUUCUACAACAUUAAUUUCCCUAGAAAUUAUAUGCAAAUGAUUUAUAGUUAUCCAGAAAGUUAACAAAACAAACAAAAACUAGAAUAUACCUGUAAAUAUUGUGAUGAUUUUCCAAAAUUAAAUAGAAAAAGGUUGUUGUCAAUAUUUUGUUAAUAAAAAUUAAACUAAACAUAUGAAAUCUAAAUAAAAUGAUGGUUAGAAACAAAACAAAAAGGAGAAGUAAUAAUACUAACUAGAUUUUGACCCACGAUUUUAAAGCGUGAGAUUUUUACGUUGUAAAAAAACUAAAAAAUAUCUAUGUCACUUAGUCACAGAUGUUAAAAUAGAUAUUUUUUUAUCAUGAGUUAAACUAAGUGACAUAGAUAUUUUUUUUAUCUAUUUAAGUGAUUAAAAAAAUAAUAAUAAUAAUUAGAAUCAAAAAAAUAUAUUAUAAAAUCAAAAGAUAAUUCCUAGAUAUAUUAUGUUCUUAUCCAAAAAUAUUUUCAAUAAAGAAAGUUAAAAAAAUAAGAAACAGAAAACACAUAACUAAAUAGCAAUCAAGUAAACUUCUUAUUUUAUAUAAUUAAAAAAGAAUAUUGAGUGAUCUCUAAGAUUUAUUUAUUAGUGAUAAAAAAUAUACAAAAAAAAAUUCAAAAUUUAUAAUACUUAAAAAAAUUUCAAUACUAAUUUGUCAAAUUAUGGUUUGCUUUACUUUAUAUAUCUAAGACUCGUCUCUAACAAUGAUUAUGUAAACAAAAGAAAUUAUGAUAACUGGAAAACAUUAAACAGAAAAUGGUAUGUUCAUUCAAUAUAAUUUUUAAUUACGGUUCUCAGUGACCGGAUAUAGGUUAAGCUUUACCGGGUUGAUCAAACCGGAGGCAAAUUGAUUAGAGAUUCUACUCCAGUGUCAAGGUGAACAUGGCGCCUCUCAAACAUCUGGAGAUGGAGAAUUCAAUCAUCGACGCAUGUUUCCGAGACUUCUGCGCUUCUCAUGGGAUUCUCACAGUUGAAGAUUUCCUUCUUCAUGACCUCUAUGAACUUGCUGCGUUCGCUGAAAGAGAAGCGAAUGCUGAUAGAUUGAAGGAGGGCAUCACUGUGAUGCUUUCUUUGAUAGAGGUUAAGUGUCGGCCAUUGUUGAAUGGUAUGGAGUUGUUGGAGGAUCUGCAGCGUAAUAAACACACUCUAUCGAGUGGAGACAACGGGGCGGACUCAUUACUUCAAGGUGGGCUACGUGAGGGUCAGCUGACAGAGCUUGUUGGACCAUCGUCUUCUGGUAAAACACAAUUUUGUAUGCAAGCUAGUGCGAGCGUGGCAGAGAAGCAAGAUGGGAGGGUCUUUUAUAUAGACACGGGGAACUCUUUUUGUGCCCGACGCAUUGCUCAAUUCAUCUGUGGAAGUUCGGAUGCUGCUGCUUUACGAAAGAGAGUCUUGAGCAGGAUAUCAUGUCACACGGUCUAUGACAUCUAUACAAUGUUUGAUACGCUGCAAGGUCUAGAGGUUGCUUUGAGGUCUCAGGUGCAGAUGAAUGUGAACGAAUACCGGUUACGAUUGUUAGUCGUUGAUUCAAUCUCUUCUCUGAUUACCCCAAUCCUCGGAGGCAGUGGCUCACAGGGACGCGCUUUGAUGGUGGCACUUGGAUAUCUGCUUAAGAAGCUGGCACAUGAACAUAACAUUGCUGUACUGGUGACGAACCACACGGUGGGUGCUGGAGAAAGCGGUAAAACCAAACCGGCUCUUGGCGAAACCUGGAAAAGCAUUCCGCACGUGAGACUUAUGCUAUCGCGUGACCACAGGAACAGCAACUGCACUAUCUCCAUCUUAAAACACACAUCAAUGUUUCUGUGUGUAUUUGUUUUCUUUAUAGCCUUCUGGCAAAACUGUGCGGACCAUAACUCGCAAGGACAAUCAACAAUGUUUAUAGCCAACUUCUUAUGGAGCAGUGCUGGUUUCACAUAAGCUUGGAUCACCAAGAAGAAACAAUGAUAAUUUAUUUUGUUUAACAAAUGAAUUAACUUUCAAGAUAGAUAACAUAGUAAUCAGAGAUCACUAAACACUUACAAUAAACAUACCAAAUUACAAAGUUUCAAACUUCUGAAUAUAAAUUUAUAUUUAAUUCCGAGUA